AUGUGGGGCAUCGUGUCGCGCGACGCUCACGUGGUGCUGCUGCCAAGCCACGUGUCGAGCCUCCCGCCUGGCCAGUGCGUGCGCGUGGUGGGUGCACUCCACUCUUUUGACUUGAGCACGCAGACCAUGGUGCUGGGCCACCGUGGCGCGCGUGUUCGCAUCAACGCUGCGCUGCUCGGGCCGGUCCCCAUCCGGCGCGGCGAUAUUUGGACCAUUCUAGGUUACACUGCUCACGACCAGACCUCUGUCAUUGUGGUUGAGGCGCAAGCUGGACGGAUCACGCCAGAUGUUGAUGUCCCGCUGCUUGAACGAUGCAUCGACGCGCGUCAACGCUACCUGGAGCAACUGCACCCGUCCUCUGCGCAGUAA